UUGUUGCAAGGAUGAACUCCCCUUCUGCAUACGGAAUGCAUGGGUUGCUGUCUCCACAGUCGCAGCCACUUCACCUUGGCCAUGCCCAGAAUAAUCUGGGCACUUCCCUGAACGAUUUGGAUGUCAAUAAUGGUAACCUGAUCAGGGGUGCACACAUGUCAACCAUGGUGACUGGUACUUCUGGUAACUCUUUUGCAAACAUUUCAAAUGGUGCACCAUUGGCUCCUACAAAUAGGGCAGUUCAGUCUCUUGAAUCAAACAACAGGCAACACCUUGGUCGGAUAAAUUCGUCUUCGACAGGCUCAUUUAGCUCAUUCGCUAGUGAUUCUCCCCACUUUCCAGAUCUUGGAAGAAGUAGUAACACCUGGCAAACUGCAGUGCCGUCCAACAUUCAGCAACUUGGUCAGAACGGCAGCAUGUCCCAAGCAAGCUUGCAUGGGAAUGGCCCUAGGAUGGAACCUGUCUCAAGCUAUGCACCACCAUCAAAUCAGAUUACAUCUCUGGGAAAUGAUAUGCAGAACCAAGUAGCACCACUAGCUAGCAAUACCCUUCCAAUGGUAUUCAAUCAGGGUGCAGCGCCAUUCACCUUUGGAAACAGCACAAACUUGAGAGAGACGCUCAAUAGCAACCUUGCGUUUAGCAAUUCAGGCAUCAACACUUCAUUGCCAAACCUUCGCAUUGACAAUUCGGUUGUGCCAAGGCAGACUCUGGAUGGCGGGAAUACAGGUGGUGUUCCUCUCUGCAGGAUGGCAAGAUUGAUCAGCAAGCUGUUGGUAAUCAGCUCAAUUACAACAACAAUGAUCUCGUGGGGACAAGUGGGCUGCAAAGGGAGCUCAGUGGUGGUCUGGAUGACAUUGUUGUUGACAUGUUCAAGCCGGUAUGAUCCACUUUUGUAUUUCAUUUUCAGCAGAAUAUAUCUUAAUGCCAAACUUUCAUGUAUUUUGCUACUAUUUUGCAUCUACAUAGUAAGUUUUGUCAUUUUCAGCAGAAUAUAUCUUAAUGCCAAAUUCAAAAUUGAAGCGAAAGCCAUAUCUAGCAAAGCUCCAACAACAACAAGUAUCACCCAUACAGAGAUGGUAUUCAGAGCACACACUGACCGUAGGACAUAACCCCU